AAAUAAGAUAAACCUCUAUCUUUAAAUAGAUAUAUUGGUAAUCCAUUUGUUUUAAACCAAUUCCAAGUUCCUUCUUGAAAUGAAAUUAUACAUAAGAACUUUAAAAAAUAUUGAAGUAGAAGUCGUGGUGGAUCUACAAGAUACUUUAUUGGACGUCAAAAAAAAAGUGGAAAUUGCGUUGCCUCACAUGUUAGCCAAUGAACAAAUUUUAAUUCAUCGAGGAGUUAUACUAGAAGAUGCACGUACAGUAGCGCAUUACUCUAAUAUAAAGGAUAACGACAAAUUAGUUGCUAUGAUCUCUAAAAAAAAAAAACCAGUUUCCACCACUUUGGCUUCAAAAGACAAAUGUACAAGUUCGAACGAUGCGGCAAAAGAUUUGAAAGACGACAAGAUUUCUACAGACCUCCAAGCGACAGAUAACUCAAUUAACUUGUUCUCUCUACCGCAACAAGACACUGAAAAACAAAAUUCACUUAUAACGCCACCUAACCAAGAUCCUGAAGAGCUAACUGCAUCAGAAAAACAAGAGGAUACUUCUUUAUCGUCGGAUAUUAAUUUGGUUGAGAGUUUAUGCAGUAUGGGCUUCGAGAAAACGGCUGCACAAGAUGCAUUACGGGCGGCAUUCAAUGAUCCUAAUCGCGCUGUUGAAUAUUUAAUGACAGGUAUACCUGAAUCUGCUGCAACUCAGUUUGAUUAUACCCCAGCUAUGCACGCAUCUACUCUUGGGGCUGGUUCCGAUCCUAGUCGAUUGGCGGUUCUUCGUCAACACCCGUUGUUUGAUCAAAUUAGAGCUGCAAUCCAGGAGAACCCCCAGAUCAUUUCUGGAAUUUUGCAUAUUAUUCAACUACAAAACCCUGAACUUUUUGAGCUUAUCGCAAACAACCAGUUAGAAUUUCUUCAAAUGCUCACCGAAGACACAGAUAUACCCUUAUCACUUAAUUCAGUGGAGAAUGCUGCAGGCCAAGAUGUUAUUCAUAUAACAUCGGAACAAGAGGAAAUCGUCAAAAGAAUUUCAGAUUGUUUAGGAUUUUCAAAUAGCGUUGUUUUACAAGCUUUGCUUGUAUGUGACUGGAAUGAGGAUAGCGCUGCUAAUCUACUUUUUGAAACAGCGAAAGACUACGAUGAAGAGGCGGGAGAAAAACCUCAGCAUCUACCUGGUGAAUAAUGUAAAUUUUUUUAAUCACUUUUAAAUUGACACAGUCUGUAUACAUCUUUACUAGCAAUUGCAAUUUUUAUAAUAUACAAAAAAAUUCCAUGUUUCUUUUAAAUAAUGUUACACUUUUUUUGUUGUAAAGAACCUGUUAGCACCGUUAUAAUUCAGAUCAUUUUGU